AUGGACGACUAUCUUACUGACCUACAGCGGACCCAGGAAUCCCCUACAGUUGUCUUCUUUAUCGAGCUUUUAAAGACGGAGCGUCUUUGCCACGUCAUAGAUCAGGAGCUAUUCCCGAGCGACUCUACCUCGUCGAUAUGCGUACGGGACCUCGAAACCAUAAAGACAAAAUUCAGGACUGUCAAUCUCGAGUUGACUGCUGCCCCUUCAACCAAUAGAUUCAAUGCAAAAGUGGAAGUACCUUUGCAAAUCGCAAUACCUUACAAUGCAUGUUUUCUUGUUAACUUUGGCAGGUUUGCCAGUUCACUGUAUGCGCAUGAGCUGGCGUGGCAUGUCGAUCACAGCAUACAUGAGUUUGCGGCACACUUUACUGCAAAUUCUUUGAAGACAUGCGACUUUGUCGAUGCGCAGUAUUUGAAUACAUCCCCCUUGUCUAUGCUUCAAUCUAUCAUAGCUAUGUCACAAGGCUUGCUUGAUGCAUUUCUCGGGCUUCAUAUUUUUGAUGAAAUGCACAAAGCAAUCACGGUAUUAGCAAAGGGAGUCGGCGACUUCAUCCAUGCCGACGAAUUGCGCCUGGAAGCAUACCUCGAGCAGCUUAUUGUCCUUUCGAAGCGCCUCAUCGGGAACGAUGAACGAAAUUCUCUGAGCAGAGUAUUCCUGAUAAUGACCCAACUGAGAGACUGGCUCUAUUUGCAUCCAUUUAAAACCCUGUCCUCGGCAGACGAAACCGAAGGGAUGGGGAGUUUACGGUUUCAGACCGACAAUGGACAAUUGAACUCUGCAUUUCAGGCGACGACAGGGAUUCCCAGCGGUCCGUUAUUAGCUUGGUUGACAUUAGAACCGCAUGUGGACCUAAAGCAUUGCGGACAGCUAGAUAUACCUGGAUCGAAACUUGAAGAGCUUAUCCCGCCUGCCAUGGCUUCUUGCUCUCCCCCACAUACAGCGGAGACGGUAGUUUGGGGUACCUCGGCGUAUGUUGACACUGAUGAUUGGUUUUGGGAGUUCUUCAAUAUUGACAUGCUUAAUUAG